CAGGACUACCAUGGGCAGAAGCUCGCGGAGAUGAUCUACUGCUACCUCAUCGUCAUCUUCGGGGCGCGCGGCGGCGCCCUCCGACAUAUCGCCGCGGGAGCAGUCAUCGCGUGGUUCUUCGGGUACUUCGCGCAGGACUUCACGGUCACCUUCGGCGGCUGGGCCGUCGGCCUCGUCAUCGCCAUGCUCCUCUGCGUGCCCGACUGGCCCAUGUUCAACCGGCACCCC